ACAAUUAUUAUAAAAUGACCUGCAUCUCUUUCAACUACUACUACACCACUGCAACCCUAGUGGAUAUCUCUUUCCUUGUAUCAUUUUGAUCAGUAAUUCGAUCUUUCUGUGUCUCAAUCUCACAAUGGCGCUUAAGCUUUAUGCACUCCCUUUUUCAACUUGCUCAGGGCGAGUGCUGUUCUGUCUCCAUGAGAAACAAGCUGAUUUCGAGCUUAUCACUGUUAAUAUCAUGACUGGUGAACACAAACACCCUGCCUUCCUCGCUAAGAACCCAUUUGGUGUGAUUCCAGCACUGGACGAUGGUGAUCUCACUCUGUUUGAGUCCAGAGCAAUCACAGCAUAUGUGGCUGAGAAAUUCAAGGACACUGGUUCUGAUCUGCUAAGGCUUUCAAACCCCAAAGAAGCUGCAUUGGUGAAGGUCUGGGUAGAGGUGGAAUCCCAGAGUUACGAUCCUGCCAUAAGCCCAAUUUUCUUCCAACAUUUUAUUGCACCAAUGAGGGGUCAGUCCACGGAUCAGGCGGUGAUCAAUGCCAACUUAGAGAAGCUAGAGAAAGUGCUUGAUGUGUAUGAAGCUAGGCUUAGCAAAACCAAGUACCUUGCUGGAGAUUUUUACAGCCUAGCUGAUCUGCACCACCUCGCAUACACUCACUACUUCAUGAAAACUCCUUAUGCCAAAGUGAUCAACGAGCGUCCUCAUGUCAAGGCAUGGUGGGAGGACAUAUCUUCCAGGCCAGCUUCCAAGAAAGUUAUGGAGGGCAUGACUCCUCCAUAACUUUUCGUUAGAGAUUAAGAUUUCCAUGACGAGUAAUCUUUUUCAGUGUUUUUGUGCACCAGUGUGUGAGAUUUCAGUAUUUGCACUGUUUUUGAGUAACUAAAUGUAACAGUGUGCUUUGUUCUCCGUUUCAAGCAUCUAUCCAUGUUUGUCUUUAGCAGUAUCUCUUGUUUCAUCGCAAGAUUAGUAGAAAGACCAUUAUUUAAACUGCCA